UCACGAGAUCCAUUCCUCUAUUCAGUCUAAUCUCGACACUCGUCUGACAAACUCACGGGUUCUCCACAUUUAUCGCCAAAAACGCAAUAAUGCCGAUCGACGCGGUUUCGUUUGCUAAGGACUUCAUUGCCGGCGGUGUGUCGGCCGCCAUCUCGAAGACAGCGGUGGCGCCCAUCGAGAGAGUGAAACUCCUUCUUCAGGUCCAACACGCGUCUAAACAGAUCGCGGAAAGCCAGCGAUACAAAGGUAUUAUCGACGCGUUUGUACGCAUUCCUAAAGAACAGGGAGUCGUCGCCUACUGGAGAGGAAACUUCGCGAAUGUGAUCCGAUAUUUCCCGACUCAGGCGUUGAACUUCGCCUUCAAAGACAAAUACAAACAGGUCUUCUUGGGAGGGGUCGACAAAAACAAACAAUUCUGGCGAUACUUCUUAGGAAACCUGGCGUCCGGUGGAGCAGCCGGUGCCACAUCCCUGUGCUUUGUCUACCCCUUGGACUUCGCCCGAACCCGAUUGGGUGCAGAUAUCGGUAAAGGCGGAGCCGACAGACAAUUCACUGGUUUAGGCGACUGUUUGGUGAAAGUAUACAAAUCGGACGGACUUAUCGGUCUCUACCGUGGAUUCAAUGUCUCUGUUCAAGGUAUAAUCAUCUACAGAGCGGCAUACUUUGGAUUCUUCGACACCGCGAAGGGUAUGCUUCCGGACCCGAAGAACACUCCGCUCGUGAUCUCGUGGAUGAUCGCACAGACAGUG